UGCAUUAACCUGUUGAACACUCCGUCUCCUCCUCUCGCUGUAUUAAGCUGCUGCCCCCCGGCUGGCAGUAGGCAGAGCGGAGGCAUGGGGCUGUCAGCGGCACGGAUCAGGGCCUGCCUGCUGGUAUGCCUGUCUCUUGGCCUCACGCUGGUUCUGGGCUUCGGGCUCCCGGAGGCUCUGAAGCUGUUCUUCAGUCUGUUGGGGUUCCCUUGUGAGAACGCGUCACACGGCAUUGUCCUGCUGUACUUUGUGUUUGUGCUGUGUGUGGCAGUGCCAUCCAUGCCAAGGGGCACCCUACCAGUACAGGGUAAAGAGGUGCUGAUCACGGGCUGUGACACAGGAUUUGGGUUUGCUUUGGCAAAACACUUGCACAAAUUAGGAUUUACAGUAUUUGCUGGUUGUCUGUUGAAGGAUAAAAAUGGAGAUGGCGCCCGGGAAUUGGAAAGCGUUCAGUCUGAGCGCCUGAGAGUAGUUCAGAUGGAUGUAUGCAGUGAGAAAGAGGUUGCUAGAGCACUAGAAUUUGUAAGAAAGCACCUCAAAGACCCAGAGAAAGGUCUGUGGGGUUUAGUAAAUAAUGCUGGGAUAUCUACCUUUGGUGAGGUGGAAUUUACAAGCAUAGAAAAAUAUAAAGAGGUGGCAGAUGUGAACCUUUGGGGAACGAUACGGGUAACGAAAGCAUUCUUGCCACUAAUACGGCGUGCAAAAGGCCGUGUGGUUUGCAUGGCAAGCAUGCUUGGAAGAAUGGGUAGCCCAUCCCGGUCUGGCUACUGUGUAUCUAAAUAUGGAGUGGAAGCCUUCUCUGACUGCCUGAGACAGGAAAUGUACAGAUGGGGAGUCAAGGUUAUUUCCAUCGAGCCUGGAAACUAUAUCGCUGCCACUGGAAUUUUCACCAGAGACAGCGUAGAAAGGCGAGGCGCAGAGAUGUGGGAAAAAGCAUCAGACGUUGUGCGAGAGGAUUAUGGGGAAUCUCAUUUCACGCAGCUAGUCUCCAGUAUGAAAUCCUUUGUGAGCUCAGGCUCAAAAGACAUGAAUGAUGUUCUUGAUGCUAUUACAGAUGCCCUUUGUUCAAAAUACCCGUAUACACGGUACAACCCCACGGAAACCUAUUGGUGGAUAAAACUCCAAAUUAUGACACACCUGCCAACAGCCAUUGCAGACCGGCUUUAUACACGCUGAAAAAAGAAA